GCUGGAGAAAAGCCAAGACCAGAAAAUGAAGCUGAGGACGCGCACGACACCUUUAUCAUUGUUCUGUUUUGUUCAGGCGAAGCGUGCGCCGGAUGACUGAUGUGGUUGCUCACGCAUGUUGGACGCCCUGCCGCACGUUUGCGGGCUUGGGAGCCGCUGCACCAGGACGAUCUUGUCCGUGGUUAACCAUUCCCAUCACACGGCGCUGGAGGAAUUGACUCUAAUAGAGUUGGACACGACAUCGGCUCCGUCAUGUGAGCUCUGUUAUACGGUUUCUAAACAUUUCUCCAAGAGAAUAUGGCUAUCACCAGCUGGCAGUGUUCAGGCAAGCCUUGCUCAUAUUGCUACGUCGCUUCAUGAUGGAGUGCAUUUGAGUCUAGUUCGCGUAUAAACCAAGC